UUGUGAAUAUUGGGGUUUUUAGUCAGAACUGUGGGAUAAAUCAACCACCGAAACCAAAUACGAUUGUUGGAUAUUAUCCAGCUUAUAAAUAUAAUUUAAAAGCGAAUGAUUUUAAUAUUAGUUCGUCAAUUACUCAUUUAAACUAUAUUGCAUUUGGCCCAAAUGAUCUUACUAAUGGCACCGGCCCAUACACUGUGUUCCGAAAUCAAACCAAUAUAAAUAAAUUUGGUGAAUUGUUAAAAUAUAAAGGGAACAAUAGUAAUCUGAACUAUAAAUUAAUUCUUUCAGUCUUGUUACCUGUUAAUGAUGAUUUAACAAAACUCCCACCGUUUUCUAAUGUUCCAAUUGGACUGUACGAUCCAAAUAAUCAGAAUACUCGCAAUUUCACAGACGAUUUAGUUAAAAUUGCUAACGAAUACCAAUUUGACGGGAUUGAUAUUGACUAUCCUAAUAAGGCUUCAUGUUUUCAAGCAAAACCAUUCAAUUCUGAUUUUCUAAAUCAAGUGUUCAAAUCAUUUCUAAAUGAUAUAUCAAGCAAAUUAAAACAGCCUAAUAGCAGUAAAAUUUUAACUGUUACUGGAGGCAGUAAUCCCAUAAUUUUAGAUCCUACCGUCAUUAAUUUUGUAAAUAUUCAGGCAUAUCGACUUAACAUUAACAGCAACGUUAAUGGAAAUCCCACACGUACCAGUGCUGGAAUAGAUGCGGUUCAGAGUCUUAUUGAUUCCUGGAACUUUAGCAACAGAUCACAACUCAUUUUGGGAAUCGAAUUUGGCGGCAUUAUUGAAGCUAUUACUUUGAGAAAUCCGAGUAAUCCUAAUCCUAAUAUGGAUAUCGCUAUUCAAAAUUUUGAUGUAGUACGUUCUCAAAACAUUACAUUUCCACCUGUUACUAUUGACGAAAACAUUACAGAUCCGUGUGCAAAUACGUCAUUCGCGCAUUUGUCAUGGAAAACUCUGAGCAAUUUCUUAGCACCGCCUUGUUAUACAAAUACCAGUAAUGAUUGGUACUAUGGCUUUGAUAAUAAAUCCAAACAACCAUAUAUUUAUCAACAACAACCACGGCCGCGUCCGAAUAAAGGGAGUCCGUCAGCAAAUCAGCAACCAACU